CCAACUUCAGUCUACUAACUAAGGUAGCUAGCUAACUAGUUUCACAUAAUAAAGACAACUUUAGUGCUAAGUGUGUGCUAAGAUAGGACAAGGCUGAUAAGGAGGGGUCAUUAUGCUGCUACGCUUGAUAACUAGUUAUAACUAGCUAGCGUGCUGUUUUUCAAGGGUGAUCACGCCAGCCAGAUGUCUACUGCAGAUGAUAACAUGACAUGGUACUACUUACUACUAGUAGCUAGCUAGCUAGCUAGCUCGGUCGCUCAACAACAGUCAACACCACCACUCCAGCGCGUCAAGCUAACGUUAGCUAGCUAGCGUCCUAACGGUUUGUUAGACAAUACAUUUCUUAUCUUAUCUUGGCUGCUGUUAGCUAGUAUAUAUCUGUUUUGUGAGUUUCGGUAGCCAAAGCAAACACUCACACAGAGACAACGUCAAGACCGAUAGCUAGGGACGUUCUGUCCUGCCUGGCCUAUUGCUAGCUUGCUAGUUUUGUAAACUAACGUUAACAACGUUAGCUACGUAGUUAGCUAGCUUUAUGUUUUGCUGCACAAUAUCUUGCUAUGGAGAACAACGGAGACCUGGACCUAAAUUGCCAUGCAACUGGGGACGUGCGACUUGAUAAGGCUAUUUACCAAUGGAUAACGUGGGAUAAGGUCAGUGAGUCAACUGUCAGUGGCGUCAUCAUAGUUAACACUUUUUAUUGACGGUGUACUGACUUGGGUUGUCACUUGCCUGGUAUGUCAGGUGCAAAUGCCUUAUGCCCUUCAGAUCGAUGGUCUUCUGAAAUCCCUAUGUGUGUGUCGCAUAGUGGCAGGUAGCCUAGCGGCUAAGAGCGUUGGGCGAGUAACCGAAAGGUUGCUGGUUCAAAUCCCCAAGCCGACUAGGUGAAAAAUCUGUCUGUGCCCUUGAGCAAGGCACGUAACCCUAAUUGCUCCUGUAAGUCGCUCUGCAUGAAUGCUAAAUUACUCAAAUGUAAAACGUGUUAAGGAGGGCAAGACCUAGCCAUUGUGCCAGAUCUGUUUGUGCUAACAUUCCACACCUUGUCAUAUGCGCACAAACAAGUCUGGUAUCAGGCUACAAUUUUACCUAUUUUUCUUAUUACUAAUCGCAUGCAGCCUCUACUCCACCCCUAACACUUGCACUGGAGCCCUAGUUUAGAAAGGGCAUAAAAGCAAUGGAUAUGGCUGACCCCCACUCUCUAAAUGUCAGACUUCUUAACCUGACUUGGACUGUCAGAUGCAGUAAGGAACUGUAAGGGCCCAGAUCUAUGUCUAGAUUUAAGAAGAUAUUCUGUAUAAACAAAUGCUGAUUGAACAAACAAGAUUAGGCUACUUUUAGCAACAGCCAAGAUUAUAUUUUUGUUCAGUUCCAGUGUAGCGCAACCAUAAUGCUAAAGCAGUGGGAAUUGUAUAUUUGACUCAAUCAGCAAGCAAGUCAGUCUUCAAUUAAGGGGUGUGCAACUGUGUUGAGUAAUGAUGUCAGUAAGAGAGUGCUGAAUGUGUAGCUAAUGUAUUUCUUCCCAUUCAGAAUCCACGGACCAGAGCUCAGAUAGAGGCCCUGUUGCUGGAUGGGCAAGUGGAGGAGCUGAGGCGUAGGCUCUGCUCCAGGAUGGCGUUUGGGACGGCAGGGCUGAGGGCAGCCAUGGGCGCAGGCUUUGCCCUCAUUAAUGAUCUGACUAUCAUCCAGUCCACACAGGUUAAUAAUAGUUUAUUUCUAUAAGCAAACUAUUCUGGCACAAGUUAUGUUAAAGAUAUAGACUCAUUCAGCUAUAUUUUUUUAUUUAUUUUAUUUUUAUUUCACCUUUAUUUUACCAGGUAAACCAGUUGAGAACAAGUUCUCAUUUACAACUGCGACCUGGCCAAGAUAAAGCAAAGCAGUGUGAUAAAAACAACAACACAGAGUUACAUAUGGGGUAAAACAAAACAAAGUCAAAAAUACAACAGAAAUACAUAUAAUAUACAGUCUGUGCAAAUUUAGCAAGUUAUGGAGGUAAGGCAAUAAAAUAGGCUAUAGUGCAAAAUAAUUACAAUUAGUAUUAACACUGGAAUGAUAGAUGUGCAAGAGAUGAUGUGCAAAUAGAGAUACUGGGGUACAAAUGAGCAAAAUAAAUAACAAUAUAGGGAUGAGGUAGUUGGGCGGGCUAAUUUCAGAUGGGCUGUGUACAGGUGCAGUGAUCGGUAAGGUGCUCUGACAACUGAUGCUUAAAGUUAGUGAGGGAGAUAAGUGUCUCCAGCUUCAGAGAUUUUUGCAAUUUGUUCGAGUCAUUGGCAGCAGAGAACUGGAAGGAAUUGCGGCCAAAGGAGGUGUUGGCUUUGGGGAUGACCAGUGAGAUAUACCCACUGGAGCACAGACUACGGGUGGGUGUUGCUAUGGUGACCAAUGAGCUAAGAUAAGGCGGGGAUUUGCCUAGCAGUGAUUUAUAGAUGGCCUGGAGCCAGUGGGUUUGGCGACGAAUAUGUAGUGAGGACCAGCCAACAAGAGCGUACAGGUCACAGUGGUGGGUAUUAUAUGGGGCUUUGGAGACAAAACGGAUGGCACUGUGAUAGACUACAUCCAAUUUGCUGAGUAGAGUGUUGGAGGCUAUUUUGUAAAUGACAUCGCCGAAGUCAAGGAUCGGUAGGAUAGUCAGUUUUACGAGGGCAUGUUUGGCAGCAUGAGUGAAGGAGGCUUUGUUGCGAAAUAGGAAACCGAUUCUAGAUUUAACUUUGGAUUGGAGAUUCUUAAUGUGAGUCUGGAAGGAGAGUUUACAGUCUAACCAGACACCUAGAUAUUUGUAGUUGUCCACAUACUCUAGGUCAGACCCGUCGAGAGUAGUGAUUCUAGUCGGGUGGGCGGGUGCAAGCAGCGUUCGGUUGAAGAGCAUGCAUUUAGUUUUACUAGUGUUUAAGAGCAGUUGGAGGCUACUGAAGGAAUGUUGUAUGGAAUUGAAGCUCGUUUGGAGGUUUGUUAACACAGUGUUCAAUGAAGGGCCAGAUGUAUACAAAAUGGUGUCGUCUGCGUAGAGGUGGAUCUGAGAGUCACCAGCAGCAAGAGCGACGUCAUUGAUAUACACAGAGAAAAGAGUCGGCCCAAGAAUUGAACCCUGUGGCACCCCCAUAGAGACUGCCAUAGGUCCAGACAACAGGCCCUCCGAUUUGACACAUUGAACUCUAUCUGAGAAGUAGUUGGUGAACCAGGCGAGGCAGUCAUUUGAGAAACCAAGGCUAUGUAGUCUGCCAAUAAGAAUGCAGUGGUUGACAGAGUCGAAAGCCUUGGCCAGGUCAAUGAAAACGGCUGCACAGUACUGUCUAUUAUCGAUCGCGGUUAUAAUAUCGUUUAGGACCUUGAGCGUGGCUGAAGUGCACCCAUGACCAGCUCGGAAACCGGAUUGCAUAGCGGAGAAGGUACGGUGGGAUUCGAAAUGGUCGGUGAUCUGUUUGUUGACUUGGCUUUCAAAAACUUUUGAAAGGCAGGGCAGGAUGGAUAUGGGUCUGUAACAGUUUGGAUCUAGAGUGUCACCCCCUUUGAAGAGGGGGAUGACCGCGGCAGCUUUCCAAUCUCUGGGGAUCUCAGACGUUACGAAAGAGAGGUUGAACAGGCUAGUAAUAGGGGUUGCGACAAUUUCGGCGGCUAGUUUUAGAAAGAAAGGGUCCAGAUUGUCUAGCCCAGAUGAUUUGUAGGGGUCCAGAUUUUGCAGCUCUUUUAGAACAUCAGCUGUCUGGAUUUGUGUGAAGGAGAAGCGGGGGGGGCAUGGGCAAGUUGCAGCGGAGGGUGCAGAGCUGGUGGCCGGGGUAGUGGUAGCCAGGUGGAAAGCAUGGCCAGCCGUAGCAAAAUGCUUGUUGAAAUUCUCGAUUAUUGUAGAUUUAUCGGUGGUGAUAGUGUUUCCUAGCCUCAGUGCAGUGGGCAGCUGGGAGGAAGUGCUCUUAUUUUCCAUGGACUUUACAGUGUCCCAAAACUUUUUGGAGUUAGUGCUACAGGAUGCAAAUUUCUGUUUGAAAAAGUUAGCCUUUGCUUUCCUAACUGCUUGUGUAUAUUGGUUCCUACCUUCCCUGAAAAGUUGCAUAUCGCGGGGGCUAUUUGAUGCUAAUGCAGUACGCCACAGGAUGUUUUUGUGCUGGUCAAGGGUAUCAUUGUGUACAGUGGAGCGACUUCCUGGUUACAGAUCUCAACAACAACAAAAUUGGCAGAGCUGAGAUCUUCAUGGCAGUAAAUCAUCAACCUUGGGUUUAUGUGGUACUAUGCACCUUUUCAAUUUGUUUAUUAACUGCCAAUAACCUCAUUGAAGUAGAAGACUACCAAGUAGAAAUCGACUUUUAAAAUGGAGAUAGGAAGCGCCAUUGUGGGCUAUCAUUGAGGGGAUUCGAUUAAUCUGGCCUGGGCCCCUGGGUAGGCGUGUUUUGCACCGGGUGAAAGUUGAUUGUAUUCCUUUUGGAACCGGGCUGCCUACUGGGCAUGAGCAAGGAGCCCCGUUCAGUCCAAACGAAAGUGGCGUAAUUAAGCACGUGGAGUAAUAACUACCAUUCUGUGUUUUUCACAUGCAAAAGUGAUUGCUUUUGAUAAAAACGCUUUAUCUGCCUUCCCAAUGAAAAGUAGUUUGAAAAUUCAAAUAUAUCGUUUAUGGAAAAGAGAUGUUCUAUGUUUCUGGACGAUGCACCGUGCUGCCUUGUUGACAACAUGACCGAGCUGUGCAGAUUAUUAUUCGAUUUGAGAAGGGCGCUCUUCCCUCAUCACUUUUGCCUGUUCACGUCACGGGCCAUAGACCGGUGCCCCGCGGCUCAGCAUAAUCCAAUCCACCCCCUUGCAAAAAUAGGUGUUCUCUCUUUUCCAUCUUCAAGGAAACAGCCAAUAGUGGCAGCCUUGACAGAUUUGAAGGUUGUUGCAGUUGUCUGUAAGCAGGUAGGCAGCCCGCUGUGUAUGAUGUCAUAUAGAUGAUUUUACCUUAUGAUUAAGUACAAUGCUGUCCAAUGAGUAUGCAUAAUAUAUAAAUCACAGGUUAAUGUAAAACCCCUAUAUCAAUGUUUUAAAAGAAAAAGUGUCAGAAGUAACAGUGGUUUUUAUAUAUUGGUGUCAGCCAUUUUAAGGUCCACCAUUAAUGAGAUCAAUGACUUCAGCAUUGCAAUAUGGUGGUGGAGUACCUACCUCCCAGUAGUUUUUAGAUAUAUAUUUAAGGUUUAUUUUGAAUUGUACACAUUUGCAGCAAAAAAGCUGAAUUGCAGCAUACAUAGGCCUAUGUAACUAAAUCAAAUUAAAUAAAAACUAGCAGUGUCACAAAGGCAUAGGGGCUGUUGUAGUAUAUACACUGAGUAUACAAAACAUUAAAAACACCUGCUCUUUCCACGACAGACUGACCAGGUGAAGGUUAUGAUCCCUUAUUGAUGUCACUUGUUAAAUCCACUUAAAUCAGUGUAGAUGAAGGGGAGGAGACAGGUUAAAGAAGGAUUUUUAAGCCUUGAGACAUGGAUUGUGUAUGUAUGCCAUUCAGAGGGUGAAUGGGCAAUGACAAAUUGAGGCUGUUCUGAGGGAAAAAGGGGGUGCAACUCAAUAUUAGGAAGGUGUUCCUAAUGUUUGGUAUAAUCAGUGUAUAUAAACUCAGCAAAAAAAGAAACGUCCUUUCGCUGUCAACUGCGUUUAUUUUCAGCAAACUUAACUUAACAUGUGUAAAUAUUUGUAUGAACAUAACAAGAUUCAACAACUGAGACAUAAACUGAACAAGUUCCACAGACCUGUGACUAACAGAAAUUGAAUAAUGUGUCCCUGAAUAAAGGAGGGGUCAAAAUCAAAAGUAACAGUCAGUAUCUGGUGUGGCCACUAGCUGCAUUAAGUACUGCAGUGCAUCUCGUCCUCAUGGACUGCACCAUAUUUGCCAGUUCUUGCUGUGAGAUGUUACCCCACUCUUCCACCAAGGCACCUGCAAGUUCCCGCCCAUUUCUGGGGGGGAAUGGCCCUAGCCCUCACCCUCCGAUCCAACAGGUCCCAGACGUGCUCAAUGGGAUUGAGAUCCGGGCUCUUCGCUGGCCAUGGCAGAACACUGACAUUCCUCUGUCUUGCAGGAAAUCACGCACAGAACGAGCAGUAUGGCUGGUGGCAUUGUCAUGCUGGAGGGUCAUGUCAGGAUGAGCCUGCAGGAAGGGUACCACAUGAGGGAGGAGGAUGUCUUCCCUGCAACACACAGCGUUGAGAUUGCCUGCAAUGACAACAAGCUCAGUCCGAUGAUGCUGUGACACACCGCCCCAGACCAUGACGGACCCUCCACCUCCAAAUCGAUCCCGCUCCAGAGUACAGGCCUCAGUGUAACGCUCAUUCCUUCGACGAUAAACGCAAAUGACUCGUCAGUGAAGAGCACUUUUUGCCAGUCCUGUCUGGUCCAGCGACGGUGGGUUUGUGCCCAUAGCCGAUGUUAUUGCCGGUGAUGUCUGGUGAGGACCUGCCUUACAACAGGCCUACAAGCCCUCAGUCCAGCCUCUCUCAGCCUAUUGCGGACAGUCUGAGCACUGAGUGAGGGAUUUUGCGUUCCUGGUGUAACUCGGGCAGUUGUUGUUGCCAUCCUGAACCUGUCCCGAAGGUGUGAUGUUCGGAUGUACCGAUCCUGUGCAGGUGUUGUUACACGUGGUCUGCCACUGCGAGGACGAUCAGCUGUCCAUCCUUCCUCCCUGUAGCGCUGUCUUAGGCGUCUCACAGUACGGACAUUGCAAUUUAUUGCCCUGGCCACAUCUGCAGUCCUCAUGCCUCCUUGCAGCAUGCCUAAGGCACAUUCAGGCAGAUGAGCAGGGACCCUGGGCAUCUUUCUUUUGGUGUUUUUCAGAGUCAGUAGAAAGGCCUCUUUAGUGUCCUAAGUUUUCAUAACUGUGACCUUAAUUGCCUACCGUCUGUAAGCUGUUAGUGUCUUAACGACCUUUCCACAGGUGCAUGUUCAUUAAUUGUUUAUGGUUCAUUGAACAAGCAUGAGGAACAGUGUUUAAACCAUUUACAAUGAAGAUCUGUGAAGUUAUUUGUAUUUUUACGAAUUAUCUUUGAAAGACAGGGUCCUGAAGAAGGGACGUUUCUUUUUUUGCUGAGUUUAUAUACAGUAUAUACACUGAGUGUACAAAACAUUAAGAACACCUUCCUAAUAUUCAGUUGCACCCCCUUUUGCCCUCAGAACAGCCUCAAUUAGUCAGGGCAUGGACUCUAGAAGGUGUCGAAAGCGUUCCACAGGGAUGCUGGCCCAUGUUGACGCCAAUGCUUCCCACAGUUGUCAAGUUGGCUGGAUGUCCUUUGGAUGUUGGAUCAUUCUUGAUACACAUGGGAAACUGUUGAGCGUGAAAAACCCAGCAACGUUGCUGUUUUUGACACAAACCGUGUGUGCCUGGCACCUACUACCACACCCCGUUCAAAUGCACUUAAAUAUUUUUACAGAAACUUUCGUAAUUUUUCGAUACUAGAACAUGAAAAACGGUUCAGUCCUAGCUAAAAAAAAAUAAAAAACUUCUGGUACUUCUGUUAAAUGUAUAUCACGGAUCAGCGCAGCCGAUGUCCUGUAUAUAGCGCGAGGCGCUCACGGUGCCUGCUCCACUUACUCAUUGCUAGCCUGCACUGGGAGUCUUGGCUGCAUCAUGUUAGCUCCCCACUCAUGCUGCACAGAAGUUAACACACUUGAAUAAUGCAACAAGGCAUGUAGAAAUUUUAAAACUGUUAAUUACUGAAUUACUGUUCGCGAAACUAUGUCCAUACAAGCUAGAACACUUUACAAUGCAAUAAGAUACCGGUAGCAUCCAACUUUGUAUGCUAACUUUUCUUACUAGCUUACAGCUGAAGCGAACACAUUCAAAACCCUUGUACUUUGUUUGUGAUUAUGUGCCAUAAUGCAAAAUAUGCUGAUUUCCAAGCUGACUGCCUCUAAAAACAUGUAAUUCAACUGACUGUGCGUGUGAAUAGGGCUCAUACGGGUUGCACCGUCUUGCUUCAUGAAUGACGUCAUUACUUGUUUAUAAAAUAAGGUACUUCUAUGCAAAUGUUGUUGAUCAGUACAAUAAAAUGAGGCCCAAAUGGAAGGGAAACAGAUUGUUUGUUAUCUGUAGCCCCAUGAAAUCAGCUAAAACAAGCUCAAGAACUCAAUGCAUGCACACACUCCUAUUCACCAGUAUUGUGAAUAGGCCUAGGCUAAAUAUUGAUUUACCCAUUUUAUCAAAAGAGAUUUACCAUUCAAAUAAAUGAUUACCAUUAUAUUAUGUAGUUCGAUUGGUAAAAACAAAGUCAAAUUGAUUGUAUCAUUUGUAUAAUUGAUUCAUUAAUGUAAACAUGGCUGUCUCUGAAACAUUUACGUAAUAAAAUUCUAAUAAAAUUAUAUUGAACUCAGAAGAUUCCCUACGGUUGAACAGAGCAGUAGCAAAGUUUAUCUGUCUGGAUCAAGUGCCAUUCUGUGACUGGCUAAUAUACAUUUCCUUUUUUUUGCUGGGGUAUCGUUUUGGUGUUGAGUAUCGUCAUGUUAUCGAGUAUAGUGAUACCAAACCUGGUAUCUGUAUCGAAUUCAAAAUUCUGUUAUCGUGACAAACUGACUGUGUCUCAUGGAGCAGAGCACACAAAAGUCUAACAACCCAACCCAAGAGUUUCCCUUACCUCCUUUACAAAGUGAAAACAUGAAGGAUAAUAGGAAAGAAGAAUUUUAAAGAGGUAUAGACAUGGCCUCAUCAUUCCAUUCUUUUUCCAUUCCUCCUCACUGCAGGGAAUAUACAAAUAUCUGGCCAGGUUUUUCCCCGACUUCGGUAGCCGUGGCAUAGUGGUUGGAUACGACACUCGAGCGCAGGAGGCCAGUGGUUGCAACAGUGAACGGUACUAUACUAUACCUCCUCCUUCUCCUCUGCAGAUCAUACCACCACUUGCAAACACGUAUAACUGGCUACAUAUUAGAAAGUCUGAUUUUAAUGUAAAUGGUUAAAAACUGGCUGUAAAUAUCAGUGGGCCUUUUAGUUAUCUAAUAAAUAACUCCUAAUGUAAUGCUGAUUGUGGCUUUGGAUUGCUCUGUCGACAGUGCAGUGUGAUAAAGUUUAUAAAGAGGUCACAUUCCUGCCUGAAGUUGUGUGAUGGCAAAAUAGUCGUGAAUACAGAUGGACCGAGUGAGAACAUUGAUUGCAUUCUUGGCCUACUGUUAACUGCACACAUUUCUAGAGCCGAAAUAAUAACAGGAAAUAGAUUUUUUUAGGGCAUUGUGUGUAGGCUAUUUCCCAGUUGACAAGCAGGGAACCCACAAGCUAGAGUUUUAGAAUAUUAGAGAGUUUGGAGCAACAGGUAGCUUAGAGGUUAGAGAGGUGGUAACAAUAGAAAAAUCUAACAUGUUUCAAUGCCCAGAGCAUUAUGAAUGAAACGGAACAAUAGUACCGCCGCUUUACUAAAAUAUAACUACUCUAGAAUGAGUGGCCUAAAGCAACUAACUAUUUGGCUUUGUUCACACACAUUAGAUCAGUGACCACAACGCUAGUACAGUACUGAACCCAAAAAAACGAUAAAGAAGUGUCACUUUUCCAAACGAUUGUCUGAUGCAUUUUGUGUAUUGUAUGCUUUAAAUGCCAUGUCCUGUUUGAACGGGAAUUUACCCCCCCCCUAUUUUUUAACACUCAAAAAAACAUUUAAUCAAUAAAACAUUUAAUCAGUCAUCUUCCUCAAUUGAAAGGGAUGAUGACUCAAUCUUUGGGAGAGGGAGGGAAUCUGAUUUCAUUGGUCCUCAACUCGUGGUUCAGACACUUCAUUUAGGAUAAAUAGAGUUAGCCCGAGUUAUUCUGCCCAGGAGCAGGUUAGUUCUGAAGGAUUCAUUGCAAUCGAAAUUGACCUGGCUAAAAGGUGAGCCACUUUCGUGGUACCUGUUAUCCCGAGUUGAACUCAGAGUUGACCAAAGUUACCUCGCUAACUCUUCAAACCACAUACAGUACAUAGUAUAGGGCUCUGGUGUGUAUGUGUGUGUCUGACAAUGGACUAUUGGUGUUAUUCUUCUAAAGAAAUAUUACGAUUAUUUUUCUAUUCCACAGACUUGCCCGGUUGACUGCAGCUGUGAUGCUUUGUAAAGAUAUUCCAGUGUUUCUCUUCUCCACAUAUGUCCCCACUCCCUUUGUGGUAAGAUCAAAUAGUUUGAUUUGAACUAUUCCAUUAAAAUUUAAACCUGGUCACUUUAUCCCUCCUUGGACAUAAAUCACUUGUUUCUUGGUUGCUUACCAAUUUGUUUCCUAUAUACUGGUGAUGUCAUACAUGUACGGCCAGGUGAUUUACCUGGCCAUGUGACCUGACCAGACCAGGAAGGAGUCUAUGCCUUAGUUAUAAUGGUUUUUAAUGGCCAGAUUGUGUCGUCAAGAAAAACCUCUGGAUGUACUUAUAUGGCUAUACAGCUGGUAAAGUCUCAGCGCUUUCAGAUUAGGCUAAGAAUUGCACUAAUUUAGUUCCCAAGGCCUUACUGUUUUGUGAUCUCUCCUAGCCAUAUGCUGUAAAGAGGCUGGGUGCUGCAGCUGGUGUGAUGGUCACUGCCUCUCACAACCCUAAAGAAGACAAUGGAUACAAGGUAUCAGACUUCUGCUUUUCAUCUUACCAGGGUCACUUGAGUCAAGGCAUGGAGCGUACAGCAUCUAGAAUCCUUAUUGAACUAAAAGCUUUUAACACUGCAUUUUGUAGGGGACUGUAUGCUAUUUAUCAUACAAGAAAACAGUUAUCCCUCUUAUAAAAUAUGCCUUUAUUCCUAGUGUUGUAUUACUAGCAGGGUUUACAAACUCUGUCUUGGGGGCCCCGCCUGGGUGCACGUUUAGUGUUUUUCAAAUAAUAAUCAAAGCUUGAUGAUGAGUUGGUUAUUUGAAUCAGCUGUGUAGUGCUAGGGCAAAAAACUAAAUGUGCACCCAGUGGGGGUCCCCAGGACUGAGUUUGGGAAACCCUGUCCUAAGGGGAGGUUGAAUUAGGUAUGCCAUACAAUGGCAAGAUAAGCUGUGCAUUAGCAUUUGGUACAGUGUCUUGCUUUUCUUUGAAGGUUUACUGGGACAAUGGAGCCCAGAUCUCUUCUCCUAACGACAAGGAGAUCCUGAAGUGCAUUGAAGAGAGCUUAGAGCCAUGGAGCGAGUCCUGGAACGAGAGUUUGGCAGACAGCAGUCCACUGAGGAGCGAUCCGCUGAGGGAGAUCUCCAAAAAGUAUAUGGAGGACCUCAGCUCUGUUUGUUUCCACAGGUACCAAUUCACAGUGAUAGGAGUCUGUACUUUAGAAAGUGAUCACAAGUAGUCUAUGCUGAUUUAUUCACAGUGACGUGUGCUGCCUUUAACAAUUGGAUAUUAAUUCAGAAAAUUAUGAUUUAUGGUGUAAUUGGGAGUCGGCAAACACAUUUUAUUAUGAAGCAGGGAGCGGGCAAACACCCUCACACUGGCUGUGAACGUGUUGUAGUUAUCACAUAUUGUUUUUUAAUGACCCCCGAUGACCUUUUCUUAUUCAAUUUGUUGAAUUGUUUGAAUUCAGAUUCAGCUAACUUUAAUUUCCUUUGUCCACAAAUAAUUUUGCAGCAAACACAAUACAUAUUUGUGUUAUAAAAAACAUACUCAUACAUGUUUUUACUUGCUUGUUUCUCAGAGAACUGAACACCAAGUCCCCAUUGAAGUUUGUGCACUCGUCCUUUCACGGAGUAGGGCAUGACUACGUCCAGCAGGCUUUCCGGGCGUUUGGGUUCCCUCCUCCUAUCCCUGUUCCAGAACAGAAAGAUCCUGAUCCGAACUUCUCCACUGUCAGCUGUCCAAAUCCAGAGGAAGGAGAGUCUGUUUUGGUGAGGAAAUAUUCAAAAUUCACCAAACUUUUCAGUGCUAUCUGUGUAACAGAGUUGCUACACUAGAUGCACAAUUCUCACUGUGUGUCAAUGCAGCCUACUACUCUGGCCAUGCGAGCAGCACGUGAAGGAAGUGUUAAUGCGGCAGCCUCGUGUCUCUGUAGCAUAAAUGACACUGUCUUUUUUCUACAAAUUGGUGUGCAUCUCACUCCCGUGAAUAUAAAGUGGCUUGUGCGUCCUCCAUGAUUGUUGUUUUGAUAUUUGGUGUUGCAGGAGCUCUCCCUUCGCCUUGCUGAGAGAGAGAAUGCCAAGAUUGUCAUGGCAACUGAUCCUGAUGCAGAUCGUUUGGCUGUUGCAGAGCAAUCUGACAGGUAAAAUACCUGAUACAAAUGUAGCCUACUCUCUUAAAAUAUAAUUAUAAUACUGAAUAUUGGACCACAAGCUAUUACUGAGAUGCACAGAUCGAAUGUCAUUUUAUUCAAAGGCCAAGAGCUUUUCCUGACCAUGUGAUCUGGCUAGGGAAAACUCUGGGCCAUGGUUGUUAGCUACAACACGUUUUUCUUGCUGAGAUGACAAAACUCUUGACCUUAGCUUUGUCGUCAUGUUCUGUCAAGGUGCGGAUGGAAGGUUUUCACAGGUAAUGAACUUGCAGCUCUGCUGGGCUGGUGGAUGCUGUUCAAUUGGAAGGAGACUCACUCAGACCCGGCUGAUAUGGAGAGGAUGUACAUGCUGGCCACCACAGUCUCCUCCAAGAUCCUCAAGGCCUUUGCACGGAUAGAGGGCUUCCAUUUUGAAGUAUGUACGUUUUCCUCCUCCAGGUGAAUGAAGGAUGGUUGGAGGUCGAGCAAUAUACACCCUUAGCUUUCAGACUUGCUCUGGUUGCACUGCCUGCUGUCACGAUAGUAGCAUGAGAGCCCUCUGCCAGGUGCUCAAAAACCUCACCUCUGGGGUGUAUUCACUAGGAACCAAAUGGAAGCAGAGGGGACGAGGCGAAGCGAGAGGGAUAACUAGGCCCAAAAUCUGUCUCCUCCAGCAGGUGGUGUUUUUUUGUUAAUUUUUUGCUCACCAAGCGAGGAGUUUUUGUAUGAAGGUCAAUGAGUGAACAACAAUGUAAAUGUAAACAAAUGUAAUGGCUUAUUUGCUACGUGAGGCUUAUUUAAUCUAAUAGAAGUUUCAUAAUGCUUAGGUUGUUACGAGUGUACUGAUAUAAGUAAGGACAUGUGACAUCCCAUCAACUUUGGGAAAAAAAAUACGUUAUAUCGGAAUGGUUGAAUGGUCCCACCUGAUCUUGCCUCCCGACUGCAUUUUUGAAGACAUUUAUUUAAAUUUUUAGAGCGGCCACUUGAGUAUCUGGUCAAUAUAAUGGAGAAUCUGUGACGGAAGCAAACGGGUGGAAAUGGGGAAGGACCUGAAUUUGUCCAAUAAACACUUGUUUUAAUAUUUCUACAGUGUGCGCUAAUGAAUGCACCCCUGUUCCCUCUGUUUCAGGAAACAUUGCCUGGUUUCAAAUGGAUCGGAAAGAAAAUACACGAGUUGGCAAAAACAGGGAAUGAAGUGAUCUUCGCCUUUGAGGAGUCUAUAGGUUAACAAAUCUCUUUCAGUUCUUAUAACAUUUGCUUUGUCCUUUAUGGUGAAAGCAGUUUGAAACUUUGAAUAUAAAGUCAUGGUGGUGGUAUCCACUAUUGCAAACAAUUAAUGAUCAAUCCUGAACAUAAUAUAAGGCUUUAUCAAAUUAUUUUGAGUUGAUCAACCUAUUUGCCUAUUUCUUACAUGUCAAGUUAUCUUUAAUGCAUAUUAUAGAAAACAGUUCAAUUUAAUUGAGAAUAUGAUGUGAAAAUGUUUACAUUUGCAUUUCUACCAAAUGGGUUGAUCAGUACACUGUUUACCUGAGGUACAGACAGGCUGCUAAGGAGGGAGAGUUGCAGUGACCAUUGGACUAGUAUUUGAUAAAUAUGCCCUGAUAUGUCUUUUUUGUUUUGUCUGCUGUGUUUCAGGAUUCCUGUGUGGCAGCAUGGUCCCAGAUAAGGAUGGAGUGAGUGCAGCUGUGGUUGUGGCUGAGAUGGCCUCUUAUCUCUACAACAAGAACCUGACCCUCCAUCAACAGCUAGAGAACAUCUAUGAAACGUAGGUGUCAUUCCAGUUUCCUCCUAUACCCCAUGUUCUGGUUUACUGAGUUUAUUUGGUGUCACUUUACAUUAAGUGGCCUAAAAUCUCAGUAUCUACAUGGUAGUUAGUUAGACAAGUACAGUGGAAUAACUAGGUAGUAGGUACACGUUGUUACAACUGUGAUACCAUACCUAACUAUGUACCUAACACAGUAUACUAAAACUUUGGGUACUUUUUUUUAGUUGUCAUUUAGCAGACGCAGUUAGUCAGUGCAUACAUUUUCAUACUGCUAUUUCAGGCACACUCGUUACUGACUGGUGUAUAAAAUCGAGCACACAGACAUGCAAUCUCCAUAGACAAACAUUGGCAGUAGAAUGGCCUUACUGAAGAGCUCAUUGACUUUCAACGUGGCAACGUUAGAGGAUGCCACCUUUCCAAAAAGUAAGUUUGUCAACUUUCUGCCCAGCUAGAGCUGCCCCGGUCAACUGUCUGUGCUGUUAUUGUGAAGUGGAAACGUCUAGGAGCAACAACGGUUCAGCCGCAGAAGUGGUAGGCCACACAAGCUCACAGAACGGGACCGCCGAGUGCUGAAGCACGUAGCGCAUAAAAAUCGCCUGUCCUCGGUUGCAACACUCACUACCGAGUUCCAAACUGCCUCUGAAAGCAACAUCGGCACAAUAAUUGUUUGUCGGGAGCUUCAUGAAAUGGGUUUCCAUGGCCGAGCAGCCGCACACAAGCCUAAGAUCACCAAUCGCAAUGCCAAUCGUCGGCUGGAGUGAUGAAUCACGCUUCACCAUCUGGCUGUCCGACGGACAAAUCUGUGUUUGGCGGAUGCCAGGAGAACACUACCUGCCCGAAUGCGUAGUGCCAACUGUAAAGUUUGGUGGAGGAGGAAUAAUGGUCUGGAGCUGUUUUUCAUGGUUCGGGCUAGGGAAAUCUUAACGCUACAGCAUACAAUGACAUUCCAGACGAUUCUGUGCUUCCAACUUUGUGGCAACAGUUUGGGCAAGGCCCUUUCCUGUUACAGCAUUACAAUACCCCUGUGCACAAAGCGAGGUCCAUACAGAAAUGGUUUGUCGAGAUCGCUGUGUAAGAACUUUACUGGCCUGCACCGAGCCCUGACCUCAACCCCAUCAAACACCUUUUGGGAUGAAUUGGAAACUGACUGCGAGCCAGGCCUAAUUGCCCAACAUCAGUGCCCGACCUCACUAAUGAUCUUGUGGCUGAAUGGAAGCAAGUCCCUACAGCAAUGUUCCAACAUCUAGUGGAAAGCCUUCCCAGAAGAGUGGAGGCUAUUAUAGCAGCAAAGGGAGGACCAACUCCAUAUUAAUACCCAUGAUUUUGGAAUGAGAUGUUCGACGAGCAGGUGUCCACAUACCUCUGGUCAUGUAGUGUCGUUUCCGAUAAAUGAAAGUUUGGUGUUUUUGCACCAUAAAGUUGGGCCGUUUUAUUUCUGCUUCACUUUAUUGAGCUACCAUAAAUCUCCAUUGUGUCUCUCUCUUCUCCAGUCAAAUGCUAAUAUCCUUUAUUGUUGUUGUCUUUCAGUUACGGUUAUCACAUUUCCACAACGUCCUAUGUCAUCUGCCACGACCCCCCUACGGUCAAGAGAAUAUUCACACGUCUUCGGAACUUUGAGGGAGAGAACACUUACCCCAAAUCCUCGGGUGGACACAGCAUUGUUGACGUGAGAGAUGUGACUACAGGAUAUGACAGUAGUCAACCUGACAAACUUUGCGUAAGUGUAAUGUUGUGGUUUUAUUUUUUAUUUCAUACAUUAGUGUGCUUCAAAUUGAAUGGUUCAUAGUGAGAGGUAUAGUUAAAAACUCCUCAUCCUCUCUCUCAGGUGCUUCCUGUGACAAAGAGCAGCCAAAUGAUCACCUUCACUCUGCAGAAUGGGAUCGUGGCCACACUAAGGACCAGUGGCACAGAGCCAAAGAUUAAGUUCUACACAGAAUUCUGUGCACCGCCCGGAAAAAGGUUUGUGUUGAGUGUAACGACGCCCCCUUCUACUAGCAAUGACACACUCUGGAGGACCAGUUAGAGCUAGCCACAGUGUUACGGAAUAGUUAAAAAAGAACCAGUAUAAUGUCUCCGUAUUGUAGUGGCAGAGAUGGCAGGAAAAAGUAAGUUGGACCUUGUUUAAGCUAUAGUGUAAGACGAAUGGCUGCGCAUUUGGGGCAAUUAAGGUAAAGCCAAGCCAUAGACCAGCUAGCAUCGUAAAAAUGUUUUGCAUUUUACAUUUUGUUUUUAUUUUUGCUUUCAGUGACAUCUCAAGUCUUGAGGAGGAGCUUAAGAAUGUACAAGAUACUCUUGUCGAGGAGUUUCUGGAGCCUGAUAAAAACAACUUGAUUCGCCGAUCAAUCUAGUUGGGCUUUUCAUCUUGGUCUAUAUACAGAUGCAUCGGUUCGUAUUGUUGUUUUAUCCUGCUUGUGUUCUAUUAAUGUUUUUCCUAACUGUGAAACCAAAAUGUAUUUCAGACUAUUGCUUGUCUGGGUUUUUUCAUUUGUGUGCAAGGUGGGUUACGUGGAUUACUAUGCAGGAGUAGAAUUUGUAAACCAGAAUCUGCAUAUCUGUUUUUGUCAUGAGGAUUUUCCAUUUAUCUAAAAUAAGGAGCCUAAGAUAAACAUCAGGACGGUCUGUGCCGUUCCAUGAGAAGAAAUCGCAAUGAGGUGAGAUGACAUGCAGUCCCCAGCCAAGGUUUACUAAUGAAAAUUCCUCUUCUCCAUUGUAGUGCACAUAACCAUACCGCUAGUACUUCUGUUCCUAGCAGGCUGUGCUAAUAGGCUACCUAAUAGAUGUGUAUGUGGUGUAUGAACAGUACCUCUCACUUAUCACAUGCUGCUUCUAAUCUAUGUACAGUUGAUAAACUGUACCCAAAGGCUAAGUAUUGUAAGGUAUGACAUUGCACAUGUACGUAACGUAGAUGGCACUCCUGCCUCCCCAUCUGUUACGUUGCAUCAGUGAGCGUUACAGCUUCAAUCAUUUCAUAGUCUUAACACCUGUACUCUGUAAGUACCCAUACCAAAAUGACAAUCCAGAAAGGAAGAAGUACACUACAUGGUCAAAAGUA